AUGGCAAAACAAGUGGAAAUCUUUUACAGGGGCCAGAAGGCCUUCCUGAACAUCUUCUCGCUGUGGCCGCAGAAGGAACGCUGGUGGAGAAUCUUCCACCAGGUCAACUAUGUGCACGUUAUGGGCUUCUGGGUGCUGCUGUUCGACUUCAUCCUAGUCCUUCACGUGGUUGGCAACCUGCGCGACAUGAACGAAGUGGUCAAGGCCAUCUUUGUGCUGGCCACCAGUGCGGGGCACACCACCAAGCUGAUCAGCGUUAAAGUCAACAAUGUGGCUCUGGAGGAGCUCUUCAAGCGGUUGGAUGAUGAGGAUUUCCAACCGAGGGAUCCAAAAGAAGAGAUGAUCUUCAAGGCCGCCUGUGAAACGACUCGCAAGCAGCGAAACUACUAUGGAUCCUUGUCCUUCAAUGCCUUGACCAUGCUCCUUGUGAUGCAAUUGUUGUUGGAUUGGACAGAACUUCCGCUGAGCACAUUCAAUCCCUUUAGUGACCAUCCUGGCUCUGCGGGCUACUGGUGUCUCUACUGCUACCAGUGCCUGGCUCUGUCCAUCUGCUGCGUUACGAACAUUGCCUUUGAUUCCCUGUGCUCCUCCUUGUUCAUCUUUAUCAAAGGUCAGCUGGACAUUUUGGCAGUUCGUUUGAAUAAUAUUGGAAACGAUCUGGGUAGAGGUGAAAAAACCGUGGAGAAGCAGCUGAAGCAGUGCAUCCGUUAUCACUCGACCAUUGUGGAGUUGACCGAAACCGUUGAGCUUUUGCUUUGCAAACCGAUUUCGGUUCAAAUCUUCUGUUCUGUGCUGGUUCUUACAGCCAACUUUUAUGCCAUAGCCUUGCUCUCCGAAGAUAAGACCGCCUUAUUUAAAAUGAUGCCCUAUCAGGCUUGCAUGCUAAUGCAGAUUUUCAUCUUGUGCUACUUUGCGGGCGAAGUCACUAAUCGCAGCAUGGAGCUACCCCACGAGCUGUACAAGACCAGUUGGAUGGACUGGAACCGCCCUAACCGACGAAUCCUGUUGAUGUUCAUGCAACGUUUGCACUCAAGUCUGCGUAUAAGGACCUUAAAUCCCAGUCUUGGCUUUGACCUGCAUUUAUUCGCCUCGGUAGGUGAAGUCCUUAACUUUUCUUUUCAGUGUUGCCAAUUUCCAUAA